GCCGGAGUCAAAGACGGAAGGGUGGUGGUGGUGGUGGUGGCUUGGAGACGUUAACGAUCACAUGAGCUGCAUUCAUGUGACUGUCUCACGUGGUUUCAGGGCUCAUAAAUGACUGAGGACCGUCUCAUAUUCACACUGUUUUUUCAGUGACCUACAGUUAGUCAGACGGACAGACAGGGCCUAAUCAGUUUCUCACCAACGGCUGACAAGCAAACUACAGGAAAAAUGUGGCGUGCAGCCCUCCUGCUACUGGCUGCCAGCCUGUCGGUGAGCCUGGCCAGACCCCACCUCAAACCACUGUCCAGUGAGAUGGUCAACUACAUCAAUAAGAUUAACACUACAUGGAAGGCUGGUCAUAACUUCCACAAUGUUGACUACAGUUACAUCCGGAGCCUGUGUGGUACGAUGCUGAAGGGACCUAAACUGCCAAUCAUGGUUCAGUAUGCUGGAGACCUGAAGCUGCCUAAAAGCUUUGACUCCAGAGAGCAGUGGCCCAACUGUCCCACUCUGAAGGAGAUCAGAGACCAGGGCUCCUGUGGAUCCUGCUGGGCAUUUGGUGCUGCUGAGGCCAUCUCUGACCGUGUGUGUAUUCACAGUGGUGGCAAGGUCAAUGUGGAGAUCUCCUCCCAGGAUCUGCUGACCUGCUGUGACAGCUGUGGCAUGGGAUGUAAUGGUGGCUACCCCUCAGCUGCCUGGGACUUCUGGACAAAAGAAGGUCUGGUCACUGGAGGUCUCUACAACUCCCACAUUGGUUGCCGGCCCUACACCAUCGAACCCUGUGAGCACCAUGUGAAUGGUAGCAGACCUCCCUGCACUGGAGAGGGUGGAGACACACCCCAGUGCAUCCAACAGUGUGAAUCUGGAUACUCACCCAGCUACAGCGAGGACAAACAUUAUGGUAAGACUUCUUACAGCGUGGAGGCAAAUGAGGAGCAGAUUCAGUAUGAGAUUUAUAAGAAUGGCCCAGUGGAGGGAGCCUUCAUCGUCUAUGAAGACUUUGUACUGUACAAGUCCGGUGUGUAUCAGCAUGUGUAUGGAUCUGCUGUGGGUGGACAUGCCAUCAAGGUCCUGGGCUGGGGAGAGGAGGAUGGUGUUCCCUACUGGCUCUGUGCCAACUCCUGGAAUACUGACUGGGGUGAUAACGGAUACUUCAAAAUCCUGCGUGGGUCAGAUCACUGUGGUAUUGAGUCUGAGAUUGUGGCAGGCAUUCCCAAAUAAAAGCCUAAGGUUUUGAGCUGCAGUGGCCAGAACAUAGCCACUAGGGGGCGACACACUCCUGCUUAUAGUAGUUACAUUUGAAGACCACUGAUUAUCUUGCACACAGGGCAUGUGGUUUUCUUUCUACAGUAGACUGAAGAGCAACCUUCAUUUUAUGUGGGUGCAUUAACAGAUGGGGUAUUACUGCUAUUAUGUUCCUGAGCACAAAUCACCAUUGUUGAACUGAAGGUAUUUUUUUGUGAAAAGGCCAUCGUAAGGUCUUGUUCCUUCACUUCAUUAAGCAAGAUCAAUCAAAAAGCUGCACAGGAAGAAAAUGUGAAGACCCACGUGCCCCUGCUGUCACUUUUUUAUUCACUGGUGAAAAGUGUUGGCCUUUUAGUGUAAUUCAGCCCAUGACUUAAACAAAUGAACAAGACUGCUUAAGGAGGGCAAUUUGUUUGAAUGUGUCUAAUUUUUAAUAAUUACAGCAUUUAUAGUGACAUUUUUAUUUCUCUGUGCCACCGCCACUCCAUAAUGUCUGGAUGUACCCUUUGUAACUGAUGCCUGUUUGUGCUUUAAAACUUUGUCAGACGAAAAAUGAAACUUUUUUUUUUUUUUAAUAUGGUUGAAAUGAGAUGGGAUGUCUUAAUUGUCUGACUGUAUUGAUCAAAAAUAUUGGCACAUUACUGUUAUGAAUUAAAUAAAAUAUUCUUUGGUUCCCAA